UAACCCCUAAAUUCCCUGACGAUGAGUCAAACUACUAUCGAGUGCAACUACGACGAUGCUCCCGUCGAUUCCUUCGACGACUUGGACUUGGAUGAGAACCUUUUGCGAGGAAUCUACUCAUACGGUUUCGAGAAGCCCUCGGCUAUUCAAUCGAGGGCCAUCAAGCCUUUGAUUGCCGGUCGCGACACCAUAGGCCAGGCCCAGUCUGGUACUGGUAAAACCGGCGCUUUCACCAUUGGGUGCCUCGCCCGUGUUGACCCCAAGCUUAGAGCCACCCAGGCCCUCAUCCUAGCCCCUACUCGUGAGCUCGCUCAGCAGAUCACUUCGGUCACCAAGUCCCUUGCUGACUUCCUCGACAUCAAGUGCCAUGCUUGCAUUGGUGGUACUGCUGUUCGUGAGGAUAUUGAGAAGCUCCGUGAGGGACAGCACGUCGUGGUUGGCACUCCUGGCCGUGUCUUCGAUAUGGCCAAUAAGAGGCAUCUCAGGUUGGAUGACCUCAAGAUCUUCGUUCUCGAUGAGGCCGAUGAGAUGCUCUCUCGAGGGUUCAAGGAUCAGAUCUACGACGUCUUCCGUCUCUUGCCCAGCAACGUCCAGGUCGCAUUGUUCUCGGCUACCCUUCCUGAUGAUAUCAUUCAGCUGACUACCAAAUUCAUGCGUGAUCCCGUCCGAAUCCUCGUCAAGACUGAUGAGCUGACCUUGGAAGGUAUCCGUCAGUUCUACAUCGCUAUUGAUUCUGAGGAGUACAAGUUCGAUACCCUCAAGGAUUUGUAUGAGACCCUCACCAUCACUCAGGCUAUCAUCUACUGCAACACCAGGAGAAAGGUCGACUACCUCGCCGAGAAGAUGCACGAGGCCGAUCACACCGUCUCCUGCAUGCAUGCUGACCUCACUCAAGAGGAGCGUGAUUUGAUCAUGCGGGAGUUCCGUUCUGGCAGCUCUCGUGUGUUGAUCUCAACUGAUCUCUUGGCCCGUGGUAUUGACGUACAACAAGUGUCUUUGGUCAUCAACUAUGAUAUCCCGGCUUCGAUCGAGAACUACCUCCAUCGUAUUGGUCGUGGUGGUCGUUUCGGUCGUAAGGGUGUUGCCAUCAACUUUGUCGUCCCUGAUGAUAUCAAGCAACUUCGCGAGAUAGAACGUCAUUACAACACCCAGGUCGAUGAGAUGCCCAUGGAUGUUGCUGACUUCCUCUAAGCUGCUC